AUGAAGCAUUCGCAGUUGGCGCCGUUGCCUGAUGACCUGCCGUUUCGUAUAGUCUCAAGAACCAUAGGGCAGGGAGCCUAUGCCUGCAUAAAAAAGGGCUGCCCCACGAAUGCAGACGGUCCUAUCUUUGCAGUGAAAUUCAUUCACAAGGACUACGCAGCCAAACAUGGACAUAUAACUGCGAAACAGCUGCAGAUGGAAGUGGCACUACAUAAACAUAUCGGUAGCCACGAGAAUAUCAUAGAAUUCUAUAACACAGGCGAGAAUGACAUCUGGCGAUGGAUUGCCAUGGAGCUUGCCGAAGGCGGUGAUUUAUUUGACAAGAUUGAAGCUGAUGAAGGUGUUGGCGAGGAUAUCGCACAUGUUUACUUCUCACAGUUGGUUAGUGCGGUUGGAUUUAUGCAUUCCAAGGGGGUAGGACAUCGGGAUAUCAAGCCUGAGAAUAUCCUGCUCUCCGUUGAUGGGAACCUGAAAAUUGCAGAUUUUGGACUAGCUACGCUAUUUGAAUAUGGUGGGAAACUAAAGUUAAAUACCACGCUCUGUGGAAGCCCUCCUUACAUUGCUCCUGAGGUCAUUCGGUGUAGUAAUCGGGGCCAUUCAAAGGGCGAGGGCUAUAGAGCCGAUAUCGCAGAUACCUGGUCGUGUGGUAUUGUGCUCUUUGUCCUCCUUGUUGGAAAUACCCCCUGGGAUAGCCCUACAGAUGAUAGUUACGAAUUCUGUGACUAUGUCAAAUCAAACUCCAGGCCCUCGGACGAACUAUGGAAUAGAAUCCCAUCAGCCGCACUGUCGCUGCUCCGGGGUAUGUUGAAGCUGGAUGUUAAAAGUAGGUUCUCUGUGGAGGAUAUCCGCAGACAUCCCUGGUUUACACGGCGAAAUAGGCAUCUUUCGGCGGAUGGAAAACUUGCCAACCCAGUAAAACUUGCAACUACUAUGUUUGAGUCAUUGCACAUCGACUUCUCUCAGAACCCACUGUCCUCAUCACAGUCGCAGCCAAGUGGUUCUGAUAAAAUGAACAUUGACAAUGAUAUCAACGACAACCUGAAACCCAGAUUUUCAGCCACCCAGCCAGAGACUGCUGCGGAUGCUAGCCUAAUGGAUUGGGAUGGGCCUCCCCGGCUGACAACCGGGCUCCAAUCAGCCUCCCAGCCUCGAGACGGUAUAACUACUGAUCAGGCUAUGCUUUUGGCAGAACAACUACUGGAAGAGCCGUCAAUGUCGCAGUUUUGCGCCACGCCGUCUGUGCCACUCAGUCGAACCCAGAAUGCUCAACGGUUUCAGGAUAUAGUUCCAGCAUCUGGCUUAACACGCUUCUUCUCUACCUGGCCUAUCAAGACUUUGGUUCCUCGAAUAUGCGAGGCGUUGCAGCUCCUUCACGUCCCUGCUGCGCCAAAGAAGUCUACCGAAUCUGUACUGAUACGGCUGCGAACAUCAGAUGACAGGAAAUGCCCACUUCACGGUAACAUUCUGAUAGAGACAGUAUCAGAAGGCCUUGUCGAGGUUGAAUUUGUGAAGGUUAAAGGAGAUCCGCUUGAAUGGCGCCGGUUCUUCAAGAAGAUUACGAUUUUAUGUAAAGAUGCAGUUAUGAAGCCCGAUCAAUGA